AGUAGGCAAAUGGAAAUGAGCCUACUUACAAUUUCUCCUUCAACUCAUAGUUCUGUUUCAUCUGGACUGUUGAAGCUUAGCAUCUUUCUACUACUUAGCCUUCCUGACUCAAAAGGAAAAGCCAUUUGGACAGCCCACCUAAAUGUAACAUUUCAGGUGGGGAAUCGGAUUAUAUCAGAAUUGGGAGAAAGUGGAGUGUUCGGGAAUCAUUCUCCUCUGGAAAGGGUGUCUGGUGUGGUGGUACUUCCUGAAGGAUGGAAUCAGAACGCUUGUAAUCCUAUGACCAAUUUCAGCAGGCCUGAGCAGACAGACUCUUGGCUGGCCCUCAUUGAACGGGGAGGCUGUACCUUUACACAUAAGAUCAAUGUGGCCGCAGAGAAGGGAGCAAAUGGGGUGAUCAUCUAUAAUUAUCCAGGUACGGGCAACAAAGUAUUUCCCAUGUCUCAUCAGGGAACAGAAAAUAUAGUCGCAGUGAUGAUAGGCAACUUGAAAGGCAUGGAACUUUUGCACUUAAUUCAGAAAGGAGUCUGUGUAACGAUCAUAAUUGAAGUAGGGAGAAUGCACAUGCCAUGGCUGAGCCAUUAUGUCAUGUCUUUGUUUACCUUCCUGGCUGCCACAGUUGCCUACCUCUUCUUGUACUGUGCCUGGAGACCGAGAGUGCCUAAUUCUUCCACCAGGAGACGAAGACUGAUAAAGGCAGAUGUGAAGAAAGCUAUUGGUCAGCUUCAACUGCGAGUACUCAAAGAAGGGGAUAAGGAACUAGAUCCAAAUGAAGACAACUGUGUUGUUUGUUUUGACAUAUACAAACCCCAAGAUGUAGUGCGCAUUUUAACUUGCAAACAUUUUUUCCAUAAGGCUUGCAUUGACCCCUGGCUUUUAGCACAUAGGACAUGCCCCAUGUGCAAGUAUGACAUUCUGAAGACUUAAGAGACUCAGAGAAUCUUCUGAAGAUGUAACUGAGUCUUUCCAAAGGUUAAAAUUAGAUGAA